CAGAGUAACGAAUAAGCUGGGCGCAUUCAUCUGGCACCACACGUGCAUGCCGCUCGUGUGUUUGAUUUUUGUAGAGAGUUUAUUGUCAAUUUUCAUAGAUUGUUUAUGAGAAUCGAUGCGAAAGGUGUAUAAAGAUGGCCAUACAAACGAAUAAGCGGAAAAGAAAGCAUGAAGCUGCAUCCGCAGACCAAGCCGAUGAUGCCGAAAUAGCGGUACCCAAAAAGGUGCAGAAGGAAUCCGACACGCCAAAGCGAAAAUCAAAAAAGGCGAAAGACAAGGAAUGCGAUGAGCAGAGGCAGUCACCGCAGAAUGAAGAACAGCAGGGAGAAGAUAUUGAAAAAACAAAAAAGAAGAAGUGUAAAGAGGCGCAACAGGUAAAUCAACAAGGCGAGGAACCGGAGACAAAAACAAAUCUAAGCAAUGACAGCAAGGAAGAGCCGUCUGAACUUGAAGGAGGCCAAGGCGAAGAAGAAGAGUAUGAAAGAAUGGAUGAAGAUGAGAUCAGUCCCGAUUCGGGGAUAGAGCCCGAAGAGCAACCUAUGCGAUUUCCUAAUGACUUCAAAAUGCUGAAUUUUCGGAGCAAAUUGCUUGGAAAUAAUUUUAUAACAGAGUUGCGGCAUUUUCUGUACAUGUGCCAAAUCCGUCCAAAGAUCGUGGCCAAGUAUAUUGAAAAGCGUGGAAAACCGUUGGAACUAGCCGAAGCAUUCAAUCGCAUCGACAAGAAAAAUGUGCUCCAUUUGGGCUACCUCUGCGAGGCGCUGCAGCGUGUCAUCAUGGAAAUACUCACGAAUCAAAAGGAGCACAUGGAAUCGGCUGCACACGCCGGAAGAUAUUUUCUUAAGGCCCAUGGCCCGCUGCUGGAGUAUCUGUUGCAAUCGGCUCAGAUGAGUCAUCGUCGUAAUGCACUCAAACUGCUGACUGCAAUUGUUUGCGUAGAUGCACAGCUGGGCAGGCAGGUGCUCAACUCCUACGACAUACUCUCCAAUGUGAGGACGAUGGGCGAGAUGCUGUCUCACUCCAGGUAUGAUUACAAAAACGAGGACACUGUGCGUAAAGCAUAUAUACACUUCGUGCUCUCCUUUCUGGUGGAUGGCAAUGUGCUGCUCAUUCGCAACAUUCUUGAUCGAGCUCAUCUGAUUCGAGAGCUUUGCAAGGGUCUCUUCUACGAUGAUCAGGUGACCGUUUGCGUUGUGCUCAACGCUCUGCGUCAAUAUGUACUCGAGAAUCCCAGCAUAUUGAAGACAAAGAAGGUGCAUGUCUUCGAUUUGGAGUGCUGCAAAUAUCUGCGACGCCUCUACGACUGGCAAGGCCCUCAAGGCCUAGUUAGCUGGUACAGUGGACAGAAGAAGGACAAAACAGCAGCAGCAGAGAGCAGUGCGCCGGAGGGACUCGAGGCUGUAGCCGCAGCUGCACAUAAACUGCUCCUGUUGCUCUUCACCUCGCGCAAGCAUGGCAUCUGCUUCGAUGCGAUGUCCAACUAUCGCCAGAAACACAACAAGCUGCAGGGCAAAGUGUUGGGCUCACUUUAUCGUCCGUAUAAUGAUCCGCUCAAGAAGGAGCUGAUUCUCAAGACGCUGCAAGCCUGUCCGGAUCUGGGCAGGCAUACGGUACGGAAUUUCUCCUCGAUUGUAAAUCCUAUGUAUCUGCCACCGACAGAUUUACGAAAUGCAAUCGAUAUGCUGGCCCAGAUCAUUGAAGCCUUGCCACCGAGCUCUCUAUCUGUUGCUCUGGAUAAGAUGACCCUAACUGACUUUACCUAUUGGAUCAAGGAGGUGUGCUUGCCCACCGAGGCUCUGCUGCACAUCGUGAGCAAGAGUAUGCUGAACAGCAAGGAUUUCCCUGUCAGAUUGGCAGUCAAUCGCUUACUGCUGGCCAUGAUGACGCAGUAUAGCAACUACGUGAACGCUGUUACCCUGAGGGAGCAGUCGAAGCGAGCGGGCAACUCGUUGCGUAAAUUUAAGUUCGAGCUGCUAAAUCAUUUGCUAAUCAACUUCCCACCUAUCGAGGGCAUACUGUACUCGCUGUACCUAAGUAUUCAGGACCGAUCGUCAGAAGAUGUAAAUGUGCUGGAUCAUCUGUCGAUCACUCUAGAGCUGAUCCUGAUCAUGUGCAAAGAGAAUCGAGCAUUCGUUAACAAAACGAGUCAAAUUCUUGAUUAUUUGGAUGUCUUGCGUCCGUUGUACGAGACGAACUUCGACGAGGCGGUGGACCAGAGUGCGGAUCAAACUGAACUCUUGAGCAAGGUGGAAAAGAUUAAGCUGGAGCUGAAGUCGAUCAAAACGAUUUUGUUGCUCUUCCCACGCUCGCUGCAUCCGCAGGAGCCGCUGUUCGAGAAGGUGUUCCGGUCGUUCAUCAAGGCCUAUAUGCUGGAAUCCGAUUUGACUAUUAAGACAGAGGCUGGCGAGCUGUUGCACAGUUUGCUCCAGAACACGGGCAUGUUCGACUCGUCGAGCUACGAGAUUGAUAUUUGGCUGGAGGCAUUAAUUGGCUUCGACGGCCAAACUGUGGACAAUGUGACCAGCAUUUUGCUGACCAUCCUCUCACUGGACCUAACAAAGGUGGAGCAGCUGCCCACGCAGAAUGCAGCCGAGGUGGCCAGCAAUGUGGAGAAUCUUCGCAAGCUGUUCAAGCAAAUCGAACAGGGCCAAACAGUCCAGGCGUACGUGGAGACAUUGACACUGAGCAAAAUGAUGCCGCUGCUGUUGCAGGGCGUCGACAUAGAGCCGCCGUACGAUGCCUAUGUGGAGUUGGUCUCUGUGCUGCUCUAUCACUACCACACGAAGCCGGAGCAGGUGCAGCAGCUGUACAGCACACAGCUGUCGGAGCACGAGUCAUACAUGCAGGUCGGACAGCUGUCUAAGCUGCCCGCUGGCAUUGCUAAGCAUUGGCCCCAAUUGGCCCAAUUGCAGCGGGCGGUGCUGAAAUCCUCGAGUGAAUCGUUUGACCAGAUAUUCAAGCCUGACGCUGCGGACAGCGAACACUUCGAGCUACAGUUAGAGGACGGCAGCAAACUGCAGCUGCAGAUAAGUCUGCGUAAUCCACAUCGCAACAUGAUCUACGCCCAUGACUUGCUCUUCUUGCUCUGCCAGCUGGUCGAGAGCAAGCAGCUGAAGGCGAGACAGGCGCAACUGAUAGCUGAAUGCUUGAUUCGCCUGCUGCAAAUAGCCCAGCAGCUGGAUGGCGGGCAGCCAGUGAAGGUGCCCGACGAACUGGUGGAGGAGCAGCAGGAUGAGUCGCACACACAUCGCUUGCUGCACUACAUCUACAGCAUUCGACUGAGUCAACUCCGGGCAACGCACUUGCUCAGCGAGACGAGCGAGACGCAACUCAAUUAUGUGAGCUGCCUGCGUCGGCUGACCGAGCACUGCCGCAGCCUGGACAGGUUUGUCAGCUACACUGGCUACUACAGGCAGCAGCUGGUGGUUGGCUUGGAAAUAGCGCUGAAUGAUCCGAAAGCCGUGAAGUCCGCUGCGCAGCCUGCUCAGCUCUUCGAGUGCGUUGCCCUUGUGGAUGCCUUUGAGCUGAAUGCCAGCGAAUGUGCCGAAAUGUUGCAGCUGCUCACCAGCAAGCUGCAGGCGGAGGACUACCUGUUGCCAACUGGCAAGACGAAUCAUUACUACGAGCUCAUGGUGCGCCUGCUGAGACGGCUGGCUCAGCUGGAGCAGCCCAUCGACUGCAGCCAGUCCAUGCUGCAGCUGCAGAGCUAUUAUGGCGAAUUCUGUGAGCGAGUUCAGCUCGCCGAACAACUAGAGCAGCUGGAGUCAGCGCUGCUGGAGUUCCUGAGCAGUCAGCAUCAUCACCUGGCUGGCUGCAAUGGGCAGUUCUUCAACAGCUUCUUCUCCACCUCAAAUCGUAAGCUAAGCAAGUCAGCCAUCCGACUGGCUUGCCUGCUCCUGGAUCGCAACGCGCUGCUGGCUACGACGUUUGCCCAGCUGCUGCCGGAACAUGUGGAGCAAAAGGAAUUGAUUUACCCACUGCUGGAGGUUGCCUUUAAGCGUGGCUAUCAGCUGGAGCAGUCCGUGCUGCAGCGCUGCUAUCAGAGCUACAAGAAUGGCAUACUCAAGAGCAUCGAGAAGCCGCAAAAGGCGGCACUGAUUUACAGGGAGCACGCAGCGGCGAGUGCUGCGCUCAUAGCGAACUGCAUGCCCAAGUCGGAGUGCCUGGAUUACAGUCAGAAACAGCUGAAAUUCGAUGCGGUUGAGCUCUUCCAAAUGCGAGUCCUCAACGAGAUUUACAAUCAGGCAUUCGCCAGUGGCAAGGAUGCAGUGCAGCAGUCCAAUGUCUUUGUCAGUUAUGUCAACUUGAAUGUGCAAAUGCUGGCGCUUGACCUGAAGAAGCAGAGCGUGCAGCUGGACAAGCUGGAGCAGCUAGCAUUCAAUUGCUACGACUGGUGGCAGCGAUUGCCCCAACUGGAGGAGCAGCAGCUGGACUGGAGCCGCUUGUUGACGGCUUCGCAUUGGCUGAACUUCUGUCGCAGCUGUUUAAAGCAGGCCAUGCACAUGCCAGAGGAGCAGCAUCGCACACCCGAGCAGGACCACACCAAUGGACUGCUGCUCAAGUUGCUGGCCUAUCUGUGCGACCAUCUCUACCCGGACUACGAAGACGAGGCGGGAGAGAGUGCAGAUGCUGGACUGCUGUAUGAGAUGGCCUGCACGCAUUCCUGCUGCUAUGACCAUUUGCUGGGUGAGCUGAGCGAGGUGAAGACGCACUUGCUGCAGCUGCUGGAGACGUUGGCGAGGAAGGCGCCUUCAGCCCUACACAGCGCCCACAUACCCGUCAUCCUGGGCGCCUACCAUGCUCGCUUGACUCCCGCCGAUCGCUACGCCUUGGCACUGUUGGAGCACUAUGAGCGCUUCGAUGUGGACUUGGCGCAGUAUCGUCCGUUUAUCUGGGGCGAGAGUGCCGUGGCUCACUACGCGUUGCGGGCUGCUGACGAGGACGAGCGGGCCAAGCUACAGCAGCAGGAGACGAAUGUGUCGCAGGUGCUGUCCCUGAUUGUGCGCUCCUCCUGCCAAUACACCAUUGAGAACUUUCCCAUCUGGCGGGUGCUGCACGCCAGCAAGCAGUUGCCUGAGCUGGAGUUUGUCAAUCCUGCAAACAAAUCCCAGAGAUUUGGGGAUAAUCUGCUCGAGCAGCGCAUCGAACAGGGUUGCACGCAAUUCGAGCAGCAUGUGCGUCGAUUGUGUCCCAAGCGCGAGGAGAUCUAUGAGCAGUGCUAUGAUCCAGCCUUUAUACUGCCCCUGAUGAUUCACUGUUUUGCGCCGGAGUCAGCGGUGCGGGCCCAGUGGCCCGUCCAGAAUGGAUUGCUCGCCGUCAGCUUUUGUGCCUUGUCGUCCUUGGACAAGGACAUGCGGCUGGCAGCCGCCUGCUGUCAGCAAAGAUAUCGAGCCCACUUCGAGCUAUCCAAGUUCUUUGAGAAGCCCCUGUGGACACAGGCCUACGACAAUAUACAAUCCGGCCUGGGUGAGCUGCGCAACUACUGGCUGGCACAGCGUCGCGUCCACGGUGGAACACCUCGUGUGCCGCUGAUUCCCGUGCUCUUCAUCGCGCACAGCUUCAACAUAAGCACGGAUCCGACGCACUUGCUGUACAAGCGACUCAUGAUGUACUUGCAGCUGAAGCAGAGCUUCAACUUCCAGACUAUACCCGAGUUCAACAUCUUCUUCUACUCCCAGGAGCCGGAGCAUCAGCAGUUCAGAGAGUUCAUUGUGCAGCUGCUGAGCCAUGGCAUCAAAUGCAGCGCUGAUCUCUUCCUGCUGGUGUCCACGAACACGUUUAAGGUGCUGCUCAGCUUCUAUGGCUCCAACCUGGCUACUCUGGACACCAAUCUUCUGCUCCUCUCCGUGUUGUCCACGUGCGUGAAAAUACCUGGCGCUGUGAAGAUCAUGCUGGACCACGUUGGCAUCCUGUCUUGGCUAAUGGGCGCCAUACGCGACGUCCAAUUCCAUCAGUUCGACAUCAUUGAGGGCAUCAUUAGCAUUGUCAACAAUCUCUGGUAUGCCAUGGCCGCCAGCCAGUCCGAGCUGACGGACUAUGCCCAUGUCCAGCUGCGCUUGCUGCACCUGGUGUUGCACCUCUUGCCGCUGCUUUCACCUCGAGUUUCCAUACCCAGUCUGGCCCGUCUGCUCAAUGUGCUGCAGAAGACCACUGCCGCCGCCUCCAGUGGCCAGUAUCGAGCGCUGCCUGGCCAGCAGCUGGACCUGUUGCUCGACUGCGUAUCUCGCCACUGGCCAGAGCACAUAGCAAGCAUCCGUUAUUUGCGCACCUUCGGCGGCUCCUUUGCCUGUUCCCGCUCCGAGUACUGCGAUCAGUUGGCCAAGGAUGAAAAGCUGGACUCGCACUCGGUGCUGGCUUUAUCCAGUCUGCGGCAAUACGUCAGCGACUGGUGGCAGUCGCACAAUCAAUCGGAAGCGCAGCCUGAUGAAGCGAAUCCCCCAGCCUCUUAGUUAAGUCCAAACAACGAUGUUAGAGUGUUAACAAUAAUGUAAUAUUUGCUUUUGAAUACAUAUAAAUACUUUGUACAUUA